CGAGUCGCAUUUUAUGUAAAAGAUAUGAUUAACCGAAAAUAAAAAAAUAUGGAUAAUUUAUGUCAAUUUUUAUGCUCAAUCAGAUUUCUUUUGGUCUCUUAAUCAUAUUUAGUCAUAUCAAUCUAUUGGCUAAUCUCGAUUUAUCCAUUAUUUAUUCCCAUCCUCUGAAAAGCGUCCCCUUUCGUCCAUCCUUUGGAGAGAGAGAGAGAGAGAGAGAGAGAGGCAAGAGGUCGAGGAGAUGAACUCUGAAGGAGCAGAUCGAGACGACGAGACCACCAGCCGGGUCGAGGUCACGUCGAACGGCCAUGCUGAGAAGGUCUCGAGCUCCAGAUUCACGUCUCUCUUGGCCUCCAAAGAUCGCGACUAUCUUCUCUCUCCAACUGGGUCUCAGGUGACGGUCUCCGAUCUGGAAGGCCACGUAGUGGGCCUCUACUUCUCGGCGAAUUGGUACUCGCCAUGUCGGAACUUCAACUGUGUCCUAUCAGAAGCUUACGAGCAGCUGAAGACCAACCAAUCCAAAUUCGAGGUCGUCUUUGUCUCUGCCGACGAGGACCUGAGCGCGUUCAACAGCUAUCACUCCUCCAUGCCGUGGCUCGCAAUCCCCUUCUCCGACCUGGAAUCCAAGAAGGCGCUGAGCCGUAGAUUCGACGUUGAGGGCAUCCCAUGCUUGGUCAUCCUUCAGCCCGAUGGUAAUAAGGAAGAGGAGAUACUGCGCAAUGGUGUUGAGCUCAUCCACCGAUACGGGGUCGAAGCGUUCCCGUUUACGAGGGAGAGAUUGGAGGAAUUGGAGAGGGAAGAGAAGGAGAAACAUGAGAACCAGACAUUUACCAGUCUACUCAGCAGCCAUGACAGAGAUUUUCUUUUGGGUCAUCAUCCUAUCUCACUGUUUCAAAGUGCAGUACCGGUUGCUUCUUUAGUUGGUAAAACAUUGGGCCUAUUCUUCUCGGCCCAAUGGUGCCUUCCGGGCAUGAAGUUCACUCCCAAGCUGGUCUCCAUCUACCGAAGAUCAAGCACGCGAUCUCCGAGCGACCGGCGCGAGGACUUCGAGAUCGUCUACGUGUCGAGCGACCGCGACGGGGCCUCGUUCGAUUCCUACUUCGCCCUCAUGCCCGGCUUCGCGCCGCCCGGGGACCCCAAGAUCGGGACGCUCGCCGAGCAUUUCGACGUGCGGGACAUUCCCCGCUUGGUCGUUGGGCCGGAUGGCAAGACUGUCACAAAGCACGGGAGCUCGAUCAACCUGUACCGGGAGCGGGCGUACCCUUUCACGGAGGCCCGGGCUAGUCGCCGCACGCACGAGCAGAUGGACGAGGAGGCAAAGGGCCUCCCGAGGUCGGAGCUCCACGCGGGCCACCACCAUGAGCUCACCCUUGUCUCAGACAGCACCGGCGGCGGGCCCUUCAUAUGCUGCGACUGCGACGAGCAGGGGGCCGGAUGGGCUUACCUGUGCGUGGACUGUGGGUACGAGGUGCACCCGAAGUGUGUCCGGGCCGCAGGUGGGGAUUCGACCGUUGGCCCUUGAGGGCCUGCUUUGUCUCGGCUGACCAGAGAUUUCUAAUGGGGCGCGCGGCAUGAAAUCGCAAAGUAAGUCGUUGAGUUCCGUUCCGUUUAUCCGAAUUGAAUUAAUGAUGAUCAAGAUGGUUCAAAGUCUUCUUCUUGAUGUACGCUUGUCGAUGGUGAAUAUAAGUUAGCUUCUUGUCUCCGAAGAAGGUAAUCAUCGCUCUCGGAUAUUACCAAGAAAAAUUGCGAGCUUUGGAUGGCCUUUAAUUGUGAUUUAGCGUGAGUUGAAAUGGAUCGACUACUACGUGGCAAUUGACAAAUCCUAA